GGGUGGGGGAGACGGGAUAGGAAGGUCGACAGUGAUCGCAGCCACUGUCAGAAGUCGACCGGCGGACGGAGGAGCGUCUGGAGCCACAGCUUGGGGAUUUCAUCACAGAUUGAGACGUAAAAUGGACCCAGACGUGGAAGAGAGGGACGAGAUGGAAAUGCUGUCCGCAGCUAAACAGGAACAAAACGGUCAUGUGACAGUCAGUGACACAGAGGAGGAUGAAAAUAGCGGCACGAAGAAGAAGAAGAAAAUGAAAGAGAAGCCGCCAAAGCUGCCCACCGUCGGCCCCAUCGCUGUGUUCAGGUUUGCCGACAAGUUGGACGUCGCCAUGAUCGCCGUGGGGUCGCUGAUGGCCAUGGCCAACGGGGUGGUGCUCCCGCUCAUGUGUAUAGUGUUUGGCGACAUGACGGACAGCUUUGUGAGCGACGCCUUGGACUCCAACCUCAACUACACCAAUCUCACCGACCUCAAUCUCACUGACAUCAUAAGACCAAGAAACAGCACCUUAGAGGAAGACAUGCAGCUCUAUGCCAUCUACUACUCCAUCAUGGGCUUCGUGGUGCUGGUGGCAGCGUACCUGCAGGUGUCCCUCUGGACUCUGGCCGCCGGGCGACAGGUCAAACGCAUCCGCAAGUUGUUCUUCCACCGCAUCAUGCAGCAGGACAUCGGCUGGUUCGACGUCAACGAGACGGGGGAGCUCAACACGCGUCUCACAGACGACGUGUAUAAAAUCCAGGAGGGCAUCGGGGACAAGGUGGGCAUGCUGAUCCAGGCCUUCACCACCUUCAUCACGUCCUUCAUCAUCGGCUUCAGCAAAGGCUGGAAGCUCACGCUGGUCAUCCUGGCCGUGAGCCCCGCUCUGGCCAUUUCGGCCGCGUUCUUCAGCAAGGUGCUGACGAGCUUCACCAGCAAAGAGCAGACGGCGUACGCCAAAGCCGGAGCGGUGGCAGAGGAAGUGCUGUCCUCCAUCAGGACGGUGUUCGCCUUCAGCGGGCAGGACAGGGAGAUCAAGAGAUAUCACAAGAACUUGGAGGACGCGAAGCGGAUGGGAAUCAAAAAGGCGCUGUCGUCCAACAUCGCCAUGGGCUUCACCUUCCUCAUGAUCUACCUGUCCUACGCUCUGGCCUUCUGGUACGGCAGCACGCUGGUGCUGGCUAGAGAAUACACCAUCGGCACCUUACUCACAGUGUUCUUCGUGGUGCUCAUCGGCGCGUUCUCCAUAGGCCAGACCUCCCCCAACAUCCAGACGUUCGCGUCGGCCCGAGGAGCCGCGCAUAAAGUCUACAGCAUCAUUGAUCACAACCCAAGCAUCGACAGCUAUUCAGAAGCUGGCUUCAAGCCUGACUCCAUCAAAGGAAACGUGGAAUUCAAGAACAUCCACUUCACCUACCCCUCAAGACCGGACGUGAAGGUCUUAAAUGACAUGUGUCUGAGUGUGCACAACGGCCAGACCAUCGCCCUGGUCGGCAGCAGCGGCUGUGGGAAAAGCACCACCGUCCAGCUGCUGCUGAGGUUCUACGACCCUCAGGAAGGAUCCGUUUGCAUCGACGGCCACGACAUCCGCACCCUCAACAUCCGCUACCUGCGGGACAUGAUUGGGGUCGUGAGUCAGGAGCCCAUCCUCUUCGCCACCACCAUCACUGAGAACAUCAGAUACGGUCGACCGGACGUGACGCGGGAGGAGAUUGAGCAGGCCGCCAAGGAGGCCAACGCGUACCACUUCAUCAUGAACCUGCCCGAUAAGUUCGAGACGCUGGUCGGAGACCGAGGAACUCAGAUGAGCGGGGGACAGAAGCAGAGGAUUGCGAUCGCCCGAGCCCUGGUGCGCAACCCCAAGAUCCUGCUGCUGGACGAGGCCACGUCUGCGCUCGACGCUGAGAGCGAGACCAUCGUACAGGCUGCCCUGGACAAGGUCCGGCAGGGUCGCACCACCAUCAUUGUGGCCCACCGCCUGUCGACCAUCAGGAACGCCGACGUCAUCGCCGGCUUCCAGAAAGGCGCCAUCGUGGAGCUGGGCACCCACAGCCAGCUGAUGGAGAGGCAGGGGGUGUACCACACGCUGGUCACCAUGCAGACCUUUGAGAAAGCCAGCGAGGGAGAGGAGGCAGAAUAUGAUCUGUCUGCGGACGAAAAGAGCCCCUUAGUCAAUUCCUUCUCCGAGUCCUCUCUGUUCAGGAGGAAGUCCACAAGAGGCUCCUCCUUUGCUGCCUCGGACAAGGGCAAAGACGAGAAGAACGAGGAAAAGACGGAGGAGGAGGAAAACGUUCCCCCCGUGUCCUUCAUUAAAGUGUUCCGUCUCAACCUCUCCGAGUGGCCGUACAUUUUGUUGGGGACCACCUGUGCUGUGAUCAAUGGCGUCAUGCAGCCGCUGUUCGCCGUCAUCUUCUCCAAGAUCAUCACGGUGUUUGCAAAUCCAAACCUGGAAGUGGUCAAAGAAAGGGCCACGUUUUUCUCUCUCAUGUUUGCCGUUAUUGGAGGUGUCUCCUUCUUCACCAUGUUUCUGCAGGGUUUCUGCUUUGGUAAAUCUGGGGAGGUUUUAACCCUGAAACUGAGGUUGAGGGCUUUCAAGUCCAUGAUGAGACAGGACCUUGGCUGGUUUGACAAUCCCAAAAACAGUGUUGGAGCUCUCACUACGAGACUUGCUACAGACGCUGCCCAGGUUCAGGGGGCGACGGGAGUGCGACUGGCCACGAUGGCGCAGAACGUCUCCAACAUGGGCACGGCGGUGGUGAUCUCCUUCGUGUACGGCUGGGAGCUGACCCUGCUCAUCCUGGCCGUGGUGCCCAUCAUGGCCAUGGCGGGAGCUGCCGAGAUCAAGCUGCUCACCGGACACGCCGCCAGUGACAAGAAGGAGCUGGAGAAGGCGGGAAAAAUCGCGACAGAGGCCAUCGAGAACAUACGAACGGUCGCCUCUCUCAGUCGAGAACCCAAGUUUGAGUCUUUGUACCAGGAAAACCUCGAGGUGCCAUACAAAAACGCCAAGAAGAAGGCUCAUAUCUACGGCUUCACCUAUUCCUUCUCCCAGGCCAUGAUCUACUUCGCUUACGCAGGCUGCUUCAGAUUCGGAGUUUGGCUCAUUCAGCAAAAUAGGAUUGACGUUCAGGGCGUCUUUCUUGUGAUCUCGGCUGUUCUCUACGGUGCUAUGGCUCUGGGAGAGGCCAACUCCUUCGCUCCAAACUACGCCAAGGCCAAACUGUCAGCUUCCCACCUCAUGAUGCUGCUGAACCGAGAGCCGGCCAUCGAUAACCUGUCUCAGCAGGGAGACUCGCCCAGCAAAUUCGACGGCAACGUGCGCUUCGAGAGCGUGAAGUUCAACUACCCUUCGCGCCCCGACGUCCCCAUCCUCCAAGGGCUGCAUCUGAAGGUGAAGAAGGGGGAGACGCUGGCCCUGGUGGGCAGCAGCGGCUGUGGGAAGAGCACCACCAUCCAGCUACUGGAGCGGUUCUAUGACCCCAGAGAAGGCAGAGUGAUGCUGGAUGACACGAACGCAAAGGAACUGAAUAUUCACUGGUUGAGAUCCCAGAUCGGCAUCGUAUCCCAGGAGCCCGUGCUCUUCGACUGCACGUUGGCAGAAAACAUUGCCUACGGGGACAACAGCCGCACAGUGAGCAUGGAGGAGAUAGAGGGAGCGGCCAAGUCGGCCAACAUCCACAGCUUCAUUCAAGGCCUGCCACAGAAGUACAAGACUCAGGCAGGUGAUAAGGGAACGCAGCUGUCCGGGGGACAGAAGCAGCGUAUAGCCAUAGCCCGAGCCAUCCUCCGCAACCCCAAACUGUUGCUGCUGGACGAGGCCACAUCGGCACUCGACACCGAGAGCGAGAAGGUGGUGCAGGACGCGCUGGACCAGGCCAGGAAAGGCCGGACAUGCAUCAUUGUGGCCCAUCGUCUGUCCACCAUCCAGAACGCCGACCGCAUCGCAGUCUUUCAGGGAGGAGUGGUGGUGGAGCAGGGGACACACCAGCAGCUGCUGGCCAAGAAGGGAGUCUAUCACAUGCUGGUCACCACACAGAUGGGCCACAGGGACGCAUGAGGACGGGCAGAGACGGGAGUCGUACCGCGCUGAAGGGAAAUAAACACUGGUGCCUUCAUCACCGGCCUCGGUGGAGCAGUGGAAUGUGGAGCGUACUGACGGAGGUGCCGUUUCAGUGUGCUGGUGUUGAUGCCGAGACACAUCCAACACCUGCAUGUCUCCUACGGUCAGACUGUGACAGCCAGUUAUCUUGCACCCGUUCGUAUUCUCUGCUUUUUGUGUUACACUGCGACUAAGAUUAAUACUGAAGCUACCUGAUGUAAACCGAUAUCAGUUGCUGGUCAUUUUUAGCGCCAGUGUGGGGAAAAAAAAAGAGCUGUUGUGAUGCUGGGACUAUAAACACCAAAGUUUUGUUUUACCAAAAAUUACAAUUUUUAAUUUUAUUUUUUUUAAUGUCAGUUCUUAUUCACACCUUUUGAUGCCAUAACUUUAAAUCCGUUUUUGUAUAACUGCACAGAAUUACUAACGUGACAAAAAUACUUGCAUGUAACUAUUAUAUAAAAAUAGUUUUCUACUCGA